AUGGCCUCAAAACAAGCCACUUUGAUUCAUGUGGAUGAAGACUACAUUGACAUGGAACUAUGUUCUUCACCAAACUUCUUCUCUUAUUCAAACAGAGAGUUUGAAUUCCAAAUGACUUGUAUUUCAACUGAGAAAGAUUCAUCAACUUCUCCGGCUGAUGAUCUCUUCUACAAGGGAAAACUCCUUCCCCUUCAUCUUCCCCCUCGUUUGCAAAUGGUUCAAAACCUCAUUGAGAACUCAAAUGCCAACUUUGAGUAUGUGAAAUCAGAGCCAGCUUUUGAAAACAGAAACUUUGCCUUUACCAGUGACCUUAGAGUGCCUUCUACUAAUGCAACCACCCCUCUUGAAUCCUUCAGCAUCUUACCUUCAGAAUCUCACAGAGUUAGCAGUGAUCUAAGCUCAAAUGAAUACCGAUUUGGGUGGUCUUCUGACAUGAAUGGUUUUGUUGGUGAUCUUCCCAAGAAAUCAUGGCCAAAGAAACUGAAACAGAUGAAACAGUUUUGGUUGAGUCAGAGACUUAAGGCUUCAAGAGCUUAUCUAAAAGCUUUGUUCAACAAAUCUGGUUGUUCAGACAAGUGCUGUGCCAGUGCUGCAAACAACAUGGGAGCAGAGAAGAAAUCAAAAUGCAAUGAUAGCCAGAACAAGUACAUCAAGGUUUCAAGGAGAAACCCAUUUGAGAAUUUUUAUGAUAACAAGCAUCAGUUAUCUUGUGCUGUCAUGAAGACCAUUGAAAGAGACAUGCUUGAAGAUGAUUCCAGUAACUACAGAAGGUCUUUCUCUGGGGUGGGGCAACGACAUUGUGCCACAAAGGCUUCAUAUUUGUCCACAUCUUCAUCUGGCUCAUCUUCUUCAUCUUCAUCUUUUUCAUUCAGCUCAGCUGGGUGUUAUGAUCUGCAGCUGUUCAAGAGAAGCAUCAGUGCUAAUUAUGAGUUGGAAAGUGCAAUUGAGGGAGCCAUUGCUCAUUGCAAACAGUCUCAGCAUCAGUGUGGUUCAAAGAAUGCUUCAGAUGGUAGCAGGAUUUGUUCUCAAUUUGAAACAAAAAUGCAGUCAGUGGGGGUCAAGAAAUAG